UAUACUAGUGGUGUGUUAUCGGUUAUCAGCGGGCUUUGAGGUCUAUAACGUUACCAGGCAGACUCCGUGUGCGCGAGCCACAUGGUGUUAGAUAACCGGCUUGGCCUCAACUCAAGCAGCCAGUUAAAUGCUAGCCUAGCUAGUUAACCGCCUAGCUAACGUUAGCUAACGCAGAGGAAGGGCGCGAAAACAAUCGUUGGUACAAACGGUCACUUUUCUCAACGUUUAUCAUCUUUUAACAGGGUCUUUAAAAUCCUAUUGGAACCGAUCGUCCUCUUCAACGGGCAGCAAUGUCAGCCAGCAACGACGACGGCGAUUAUCGUCUCGGCCAGUUCAAAAACAAAGCGAAAAGGGUCAAUGUAAGUUCCUCCAGUAACAGUCGACCGUGUUCCAUUAAUCGUGGGCUCCGGGGACAGCUCAUCGUGACAAAUGGCUCAUGAUUUAAUGUUGCUCGACUUCUUCUAGUGAUGUGUCGUUCGUGAACGAUUCGAUGAACGUUCAUUUUACUGAACGAAAUUCAAAGAACCGAGUCGGUAAAAUGGUCGGUAAUAUCUUACACCCCACGAACUUCCCAUCGCUAACUUCUUCAGGAGAUGAGACGAAGACGAGCGGAAGUCAAUGUGCAGUUACGGAAAGCAAAGAAGGAUGAUCACAUCCUAAAGAAGAGAAACGUCCAGAGCCUCCUGGAUGAGCCCACCUCUCCUCUCCAAGAGAAAGGUCCCAACGCACAGGAUGCUCAUCUCAAGAGAAUCUUAUCCAACGAUUGACUGCAUCAUUGCUGCCAACCUUAUCCCGAGGUUGGUCAGUUUUCUGGCUCUAUCGGAGUUCCCCCCCAUCCAAUUUGAGGCCGCUUGGACCCUGAACAACAUCGCCUCAUGUACCUCAGCGCAGACCUCCGCCGUAGUGGAGGGUGGGGCCAUCCCGGCAUUCAUCAGUCUGGUGGCGUCACCACACCCGCACAUCAGCGAGCAGGGCAUUUGGGCCCUGGGUAACAUCGCAGGUGAUGGACCCAACUUCAGAGACCUUGUGAUCAAUCACGGUGGUCUCAAUCCACUCCUGGCCUUGCUGGCUGUCCCCGACCUUAACAUGGUCCCUUCUUGCGUCGCCUGGACGCUGUCCAACUUGUGUCAGAACAAGAACCCGGGUCCUCCUCUGACGGCGGUGCAGCAGCUGCUUCCGGCCCUGGUGCGCCUCCUGCAACACAACGACCGGGAGAUUCUGGAGAACAUCUGCUGGGCCGUGUCCGACCUGACUGACUCGUCCAAUGAGAGGAUCGGGUUGGUGGUGCAAGCCGGCCUGGUGCCCCUCCUGGUACCGCUGCUCGCCUGUGGGGAGCUCUCCAUCGUGGUAUGUGUGUUGUCCCACAGAAGAAGCUGCUCCGUUAAAAGUCCGAUUCUGAAUUCAUGGCGGCGUUUGGCAAAGACUCCGGUCCUGCACUCACUUGGGAACAUUGUGACUGGGACAGACGAGCAGACGCAGUGUGUACUGAAUGCAGGCGCUCUGGCGAUGUUCCCCAGCCUGCUGCGUCACCAGAAGCCCAAUAUCCAGAAGGAAGCCGUCUGGACAGUGUCCAAUAUCACUGCUGGCAAAGACACCCAGAUCCAAGAGGUUAUCAAUGCUGGCCUGAUGCCAAUCCUUGUGGACAUCCUACAUCAGGGAGACUACAAUACUCAGACGGAGGCUGUGUGGGCUGUCACCAACUACACCAGUGGUGGGACAGUGGAGCAAGUGGCCUUCCUGGUCCAGUGCGAGGUGCUGGCGCCUCUGCUCAACCUGCUGAAAGCCAAAGACAGCAAAAUCCUCUUGCUCAUCCUGGAUGCCAUCUGCAAUAUUCUACAGAGAGCACACAAAGCGGGUGAGAUUGACAAACUCUGCAUAAUGAUUGACGAGUUGAAUGGUUUGGACAUGAUCAAGGCACUUCAGUUCCAUGUCAACGAAGCUGUCCACAAGUCCUCUCUAAACAUCAUGGACAGAUUCUUCUUUGAAGAGCCUGUCUUCCAGAAUGAAGCUGAUGAGUCUAUGGUUCCUGACGCUACUUCAGACAACUUUUUCUCCCAGGUCUCCAUGGACCAAAGCACUUUCAAGUUUUAGCAUAGCCAGCACACUCUUUAUACCUAAAAUGUCUGUUGAUAUUUUUAUAUUCUUUUGGAAUUUAAUCCUUGUAUGUGACAAUACAAGGACUAAAUUUCAAAUGAGUAUUUGUAAAUAAAUGUUACUCCUGCACAAGUUACUUUUCUUUAUGGAUGUUUCAGAAAUAAACAACCUUUGCACAUGG